ACCAUGGCACCGGGGUUGCCCCUCGGCUCCGUCCUCCUCGCCCUCGCCGCCUGGCUCGGGGCUCCCCGGCUCGCCGCGGCCACCGGAGCAGCGAGCGGCAGGAGGGGCCCGGCGGCCGAUGCGUGCGGAGGGAGGGGCCUGUCAUCAGUGACAAAGAACAAUGGACUACUCAAUAUCACCUUUAAAUAUGACAACUGUACACCUUACCUGAACUCAGUGGGCAGACACGUGAUCGGGGACGUGCAGAACAUCACUAUCAGUCAGUAUGCCUGCCAGGAACAGGUUGCUGUGAUGAUACUUUGGACAGCAAAUGCCAUUGGGAUUGAAUACCUGAAAGGAUUUCGAGUAAUACUUGAGGAGUUAAAAUCAGAGGGAAGACAAUGCCAGCAGAUGGUUUUAAAAGAUCCAAAGCAGCUCAGCCCCGGUUUUAAGCGAACAGAAAUGGAAUCCCAGCCCUUUGUAAAUUUGAAGUUUGAAACAGAUUACUUUGUAAAGAUUGUUCCUUUUCCUUCCAUUAAAAAUGAAAGUAAUUAUCACCCAUUUUUCUUCCGAACCAGACCAUGUGAAUUGUUGCUACAGCCAGAAAACCUUGUCUGCAAACCUUACUGGAAGCCAAGGAAUGUGAAUGUUACCCAGCAGGGUUUUAACAUGCAAGUGUCCUUUGAUCAUGCACCUCACAGCUUCGGGUUUAGAUAUUACUUUCUUCACUACAAACUCAAGCAUGAAGGGCCAUUUAAGCAAAAGACCUGCAAACAGGAGCAAAACACAGACACUACAAGUUGUGUUCUCCAAAACGUAUCUCCAGGGGAUUAUAUAAUUGAGCUGGUUGAUGACACCAAUACAACAAGGAAAACAAUGCACUAUGCGCUUAAACCAGUGCAUUCUCCGUGGGCUGGACCGAUCAGAGCCAUUGCCAUCACCGUCCCUUUAGUUGUUAUUUCAGCAUUUGCAACCCUUUUCACAGUGAUGUGCCGCAAGAAACAGCAAGAAAAUAUAUAUUCCCAUCUAGAUGAGGAGAGCUCAGAAUCUUCAGCAUAUGCUGCAGGUCUCCAUGUGGAAAGACUUCAUCCCCGGCCAAAAGUGUUCAUCUGCUAUUCCAGUAAAGAUUGCCAGAAGCACAUUAAUGUCAUCCAGUGCUUUGCUUAUUUUCUUCAGGACUUUUGUGGCUGUGAGGUGGCUCUAGAUUUGUGGGAAGAUCUAAAAAAUUGUAAAGAAGAUCAGAAGGAGUGGCUUGUUAAAAAAAUAAAUGAGUCCCAGUUUAUCAUCAUUGUAUGUUCCAAAGGAAUGAAAUACUUUGUUGAAAAAAAGAACUGGAAGCACAGAGGGGUAACCAAAGAUGCAGGAAAGGGAGAACUCUUUCUGUUUGCUGUGUUGACUGUUGCAGAGAAGCUUCGUCAAGCAAAGCAGAAUUCAGCUGACCUGUGCAAGUUCAUUGCAGUCUACUUUGAUUACUCCUGUGAAGGAGACAUCCCUGCUAUUCUGGAUCUGAGCACAAAAUACAAACUCAUGGACAAUCUGCCUCAGCUGUAUUCACAUUUACACUCCAGAGAUCUUAGUGUACAGGACUCAGAGGUGUUUCCCGUUAACAUUAGCAAAAGGAAUUACUUCAGGAGCAAAUCUGGGAGGUCCCUCUAUGUUGCUAUUUGCAACAUGCAUCAGUUCAUUGAUCAGGAACCAGACUGGUUUGAGAAACAAUUUAUUCCCUUCCCUCCACCUUCUUUACAUUACUCGGAGCCUGUCAUGGAAAAAUUUGAUUCAGGCUUGGUUUUAAAUGACUUAGUGAAUAAACAGGUGAUGGAUGGCGAUUUUUACCUGAAAACAGAUGUAAAUAUUAUUUCAGCAGGGAAUUCAGACUCUCACUGUAUAAUUCAGCACUUAAACCUUGGAGAAGAUAUAGAAACUCAGGACAUUCAAGGUGGUGGCAGCUCUGUUCUUCAGCCACUGUUACACGUUGUUAAAGCUUCAAAAGACAUGCCUCGAGAUUCUGGAAUCUACGAUUCGUCUGUUCCUUCAUCUGAAUUAUCUUUACCUUUAAUGGAAGGACUAUUGACAGACCAAAUGGAAACAUCUUCCAUUACAGGAAGUGUUUCUUCGUCGUCAGGUUUAGGGGAAGAAGAACCUCCUGUAAUCACUGCUCCAAAGUUCUUAGUGCCUGGAAUAUGUAAGGCAGAACUUCAUUGCCACAUCCAUACUGAUGAACUGCAGGCAAUUGCUCCUUUAUAAUCCAUUACGACGUUGUUAUGCAUUGCCACUUUAUCAACAGCUCUGUUUGUGAUUUAACUACCACACUGUCUCAGCACUAAACCUACUUGAAGGAACGAAUAGUCCCUGAAGAAGAUCUGUUAUUCCAUUUUUUGUGGCCAGUAAACUUUAAUCUGUUGGUCUUUUUAUAACAAGUCUUUCAUGAUUUGAAAAACGCAGCAUGGAAAAAUAGAAGCGAAUACAUUUCAAAAUUAUUCCUGUUAUAAUUUAAAUGUCAUGAUAUCACACUGUUUACAGAUGCCAUAAUCAUACUAUUUUUUGCUAGAAAUAAUUUUGCAACUGGACAUAAAAUAGCUUGGAAGAUUAAGUCUUAGUAAAUUUUGUAGUCCAGCCUCUAGUUUUAAGUGCUGAUGUACUUGGUGGCAGGAGUCUUAUAGUGAAUGAAAGCAGGAUUUUUUUCAGAAGUAAGAUAAAAUGCCAAAGGUGAGAUCAAGAAAUUCUCCAUAGGAGGAAAUUUUCUUUUAGAAAUGUAUGUGCUCCUUUCCUCAGUCUCCUCUUUCUCCCAGAUGUUAAUGUGUCUCAGUAUUUAAUUUCAGAUGAGUGCACGUCUUCCUAUUCUGCAUUAAGUUCCUGUCUCCCCUCCCCAGUCUGGCUGUGAUGACUCACAAAUAGCACCAUUCUGAGGCUGAAGUAUCAUUUUUAUAACAGACAAAAAUAUAGGUCCUCCAUAUGCUGAGUGAUACCAUGGAAACAAAGUUUUCUAUUUUCUUCCUGGAAAGGCUAAUGGAAAGAAUACUUUGAAGAGCAGAUUGCAUAUGGAAGAUAUCAUUCUGGAUUUGCUCAGCCAUGAGAUGAGGAUGCUUUAUGGGGGGGUUCGUUUUAUCCUUCGAGGACAUGAUGCUACAAAAUCACCUGGGAUAAAACAAGCCAAAGACAAGCAGUUAACAGGAAGAAAUACUUUGUUUUGAGCCAACCAGUAAACAGAAGCCUGUGAGUUACUUUGCAGUUCACAAUACUUAUCAUUACUUAGUGAUUAAGACAGUGAAGUGUUGCUGGUGUUAUAUUAAGAAAACAAGCAAAAACUACAACGGACAUGUUUAUUUACAGGCACAGAGCAUGCAUGUCCUGUUUUCUGCAGUGACCAGGUGGGUGUAUCUUCAUCCAAAAUGUCCCUCCUGUUUCCCAAGAGCAACUUCUCCUAAGUUAAACACACCUAUGUAACUGCAGUUCUAGGCACUAUUAUAAUAAGCAUGAUAACAGCAAAUAGGAAAGGACACCUCACCAAUGUGCCUUUGCUAAUUUUGCUCAUGGAGGCAGAUUCUGUGUCAUUUAACCCAUAUUCACAUUCCACUAGCAGGAGGCUACUUUAGGGAGAACUAAGGGAGAACUGCAAUACCUCAAAUAUUCUCUCAGUUUUGAUAGAAGAGAAUUAGACAUUGCUAACUGUUACAUUGUAUUAUCCAUUUUAAUAGCGUGAGCUAGAACUAUUAAACAAGUGAUGAUUUUGGCUAACUGAGUAGCUUUAAAGCUCCUGGGUUGUUUUCAUGGGUUGUUUUUGUUUUGAUUUGGUUGGGGUUGUUUUUGUGUCAGUUUAUAUUUAAUAAUUUGAAUUUCCAAAUAAAAGCCUCUUGAGAUUGUUGUCACAGGUGAAGUAAGAAAGUGCUGUAACAAUUAUUUGAACAUAACCAUCGAUGUCAGAACUUGGACGUGCUUUGCAGUUGUAAUAUGGAAUUCUGUGAUCAAUUAGAUAUAUGUGUUGGAUCUGGAGGGCCUUGUCCAUUAAUGUCACGUUCCUUACUCCUCCUGCUUUCUGAAUGUCAAAGAACACAAACUGGAAAACCUCAAAACUUGCAAUAUCUAAGUAAGUUUAGGUAGCUUUGCGUACAUAGUGAACCAUCUGCACCUUCAAUGAUUUUUUUUUUUUUUUUUAAUGCUGUGCCUUGGGCUGUAUAAAAGGCAACAUUCUCUGUGUUUUCCCGUUCUUUGAAGUUGAAAAAUUCCUGGGCCAAACCAGGCAGAAUCAUUUAGAGGUAAAUGCUCCUCCACUAAAUCCAGCUAUGAAGGAUCUUGAUUCGGUGCAAUUCUUGUUGUUUUAGUAGAGGGAGAGUUUGGAUUGGUAAGCCAAGGCAGAAAGGUGCCACAGUUUGUGUGCUGAAGAUCUGCUGUGCAUUGAAGUGCCAAAACUGCCAUUUCUUUGUUAGCUGGUGAAGGUAAUGCUGCUUUCAGCCAUGGGAAGUCCCAGCUCACCUAGUGUUAUUUUAUGCUAAACUAAAGAUUGGGAAGAUUUCCAUGUUCCAUUAAAUUCAGUAGCAGAAUUGGUAUUAUGAAAUGAAAUUAAGUUUUCAUUUUGAGCUCUAAGAAAGCUGAGUUUUGAAAAGGGGCGAAGGCAGUUGCACAAAGAAUAACUUGUCACUGAUGUUUUUAUUUUUAUUUCUUCAGAAUUUGCUGUACAAUCCUUCAAAUCUCAUUUGUUAAUUAUAAAAGGUCUAUGCAGAUGACAGUCAAAUGUGUUAGAGAAGGGGGGCCAGAAAAAUUCCUUAAUUCCUUCUUAGCUUAAGGUGGAAAUGGUAUAUUGUAUGUACUAAGAAGAAAUAAUUAAUUGAAAAUAUAGAUUAGGACAGCCCACACUUAAAAUGUACAAAAGUGAGAGAAGUAAUACUUAAUCUGAUUUAGUAUAGUUUUUUUACAAAGCCACAGUUCUUAAAACAAUUAGAAAAAUAUCUUGUAUAUUGAGAUACUGGAAGGACAUAGUACUGAAUUGGCAAGAAUUCUUUAUUUUUCCUGUAAUGAGAAUAACAGCAAAAAUCCUUGUAAAAGUUACUUUUUAAAAGACAAAUAUGUUAACACACAUAUUAAAGGUUAGCUUACUAGUAUUUUCAAGCCUUAGUAAACUCUAAACAGAAUGUUUGUAGUGAAGGGAUCCCCUUAAUUUCUGCUAGACUGAAGUGUGUGGAUAUUGUUUGGAUGUUUUAUAAUGUAUUUUCUGGGAGGGUGGAAAAAACAUUGGAAAACUGAAGGCUCAAGAUAUGGUGGUGUGUUCAGCAUUUUGAAUGAUGAGUAUUGUGGUUGCCAUGAUUUGUACCUGUAGACGAACACAUCAUCUGUUGAAAAUAGGAUGCAGCUGACCUUUGCAGAAAUAAAUUUUUUAUUAUACUAUAAUUUAGAAGUUAAAUAUAAAAAUAAAAUAUUUUUGUUCAGUUCCA